GUACAACAUUUGAUAGAGCGUCAUGUACGUAAUGGAGUCGAUGUUCUGUGCAACAAGUGAAAUAUUCAUCUAGAAUCAAGGAAAUAUCACAUAAAACAGUUAAAACUUCUGCUUAUUUGGAUUGCAGUGAUACUAUUUUACUAAUUUAUGGAUUCCAACAAGGAAGUUAUUCAUUCAAACAACCUCGUUAUGUCAAUGAAAGAAGAUUGCUGUGAAAUAAUAAGUUCUGGGCCACGUAUAGCACGGAAAUUAUAGUUCGUAUUACAAAACGAGUUAAUGGUUUGGAGGGAGAACCUUUACUGUGGACCAUCAGAUGAAGGUAUGGCUUCAGACCAGCCCGUGAAGAAGAAACAGCGGAUCGAUGCGCCCGACAUUGACGACGGCAGCGAUAGGUCUGCGGAAGAGGUGCUUACUGAUAUAUUUGACUCUGAAACUCCAGUUGAAACCUCGGAAGAGUUUCCAUCUAGAAACGGUGAAUCACCUGAUAGUGGAACUGUAAGUGAAGAUGCAGUGGAUUGCUCUGCUAUUAUACACAUCCCCAACACUGCUAGUGUAGAAAUUGUGCCAUCAUGCUCAAGUACAGUGCCACAAUGGAGUUCAGAAGAUGACAAACUCCUUUCAGAGUUACGAUCAUUACAGAAUGCCCUUGUUGGGCAAUGUCUAUGUAGGUUUGAUGAAAAUGUUGUGAUACAGCUCUUUGACCGUCCUCUGAACAUAGUAUCAUGGCCAUUAACCUGUUCACUUACAUAUUUAUCUACUAUGCAACUAAUGUUUGACAUGUAUUUGAAACAGAAUAGCACAGGUACAAUAUGUUCUAAAUUAAUGCAAGGGUGUGAUAUAUUUGUUAGAAAUAGGCAUGAUUGGAUCACUGAGGUUAUAGAUUUAGCAGACCACCGUAGUAAAUUUGUCACAUUCAUUGCGAGUCGGGUUCUUGCCAGUUUCCUGAUUGUCUCUAAAGAUACAGUGGAUGAAAAUUGGCUGCAUCAGAUUGCGGAAAGUAUUUAUUCGUUUGAAAAUAUUAACAGAAUAACAGUGCAAAAGAUUAAUUUCAGUUUAGAUAUUAUAAAGAGGAUAGUGGAAUGGAAAGAUGUUGAACAGCAUCCUCUAGAGGACAGCAAUUACAUAAAUUCUGCAGGUACUCUACACAUACAGGAAGACAACCCUUUCAGAAGUAGUGUAGGUUAUGGCAGCAGUAGUAACAAUACUGAAGUUGCAUCAAGCUCUCAGACUAAUAAUCUCCAUAGUGCCUUUUCAAAUUUACAAACACAUAAUGCUCCUUCUACAUCAUCAGUAGAACAUCCCACUGAAGAAAGACCAGCUGGUUUUAAAUUACAAGAGCCUGUAUUAAAGUUAGGAAGGCCAGAUGAAAGAGAUAACUCUCCUUCACCUGAACCUCCUCAUGCUCGGAUAGAAAGGGUCAAUGAGCAUGGAUGUGUAACAGUUUUACUAAAAGACUCUGAGUCUUUUGAUACCUCGCACAUUAAAUCGUUGACAAUAAAAACAUUGGAGCAAAACUGGCCAGAUCUAGUGAAGAAUAUGAAACUCUUAUUACGUACGUACCUGAACCUAGCUAAUGUUGAAAACUGUAUACUUACCUUCUUCUCCCUGUGGGAGAACAUAAUAAGUGUCAAGGCAAAUCUUUCUGUAAGAGAUACAAAGCCAUUUUACGCAGAUCUACAAAGCUUUGUUGAUUUAUUGAGAAACACGAACCUGCCAAAUCUUAUUUACUCUCAGCUCUUGAGCUUAUUUAAUGAAGUGUUGUGCUAUGGUUCAACUUUAGCCCUACAAGAUGUCUUGCCAGAAGAGAUAUGCUGUCUCGCUCACUCUAUUGUAAGGUUUGUGAAAGAUUACAGAUUACUAAAUGAUAUACGGAUACAGACCAGUCGAAGUGGUUUUGGAUUUUUAGGGCAUGAAUGUAGAGUUAUUCAAGACUACUCAUUAGGACCUGAUGUUCCAUCCUUAUCCUCAUCCAUCCAAUUGGUGGACCAAAGCUAUGGAGAUCAUGAAAAUGAGGAUUCAUCACAAAGUGAAGUGGACAAAACUAUGUUGCAGAAAAUAUCACUUUUAGUCCUUAAAUCUAUAGCUGUGACAGUCAAGGAAAUGCGUUGUGAUUCCUCUGACAGUUCUAUAGAUUCAUCAGAUUACAAUGCAAUUCAAGAUAUGCAGAUUGUGGAGCGAUCUAUAAGAGAUGUCUUGAAAAAACUCGACACAUUUAUGAGGAAUAGCCUCGAGUUUCAUCCAGAGACGCCUUUUACUAAAAUGCUCAUACAUCUUUUCAGUGAACAAGAUGAUUAUUUGAUUGAAUCUAUGGUAUGUACAUUAGACAUUACUGUUGGUAUUGUCUACAGGAAUUCUAUGUAUCCCGAUUUGAUACCAAUGUUGAAUCCUAUUUCUUCAUUUAUAGAGUUCCUCAAAGUUGUAUCUCACGAUAGUGAUGUUUUAUUAGACUACCUCGUAAGCAAUGAGACAUGCUUCUUGCUAUAUUUGCUGAGAUUCUUGAAAUAUGUUAGGAGAAACUGGCCAAAGUUUCUUGAAACUUGUCAGCAGUCUGACUCAGGAGGUACGAGAGGGCUAGAUGACACUAUGAGAGUAUUAAUAAGAUUACGCUUACAAAUUAGUAGGCUGGUGUCGAAAUCACUAUUUCCAUACAACAUAAGCCCGGUUCUUAGGCUUUUGGAUGUAUGUGAGAGUUUGUAUGAGGGCAAUGAGUUUAGUUGAACCGUAAAUCAAUUUGUAUAAUACAUGCCAUAUUCCUUUUGGGCUUCUAAAAAUAUAUUUAUUAUAUUGCUUCACAUGCAGGUUAAAAAUUGUUGUCAAGCUAAAUUGACCUGAGUAUAUUGCUGCAAAAUUUGGGCUAUUAGCUCCAAAUACAUUUGUAUGUAAACCAUUUUAAGAUGAAGACUGGAAACUCAUUCUUUACAUUCCAAAUUACUUUGUUUUAGAGUAAUUAGAAAUUAAUGAUAAUUUAAUUUAUAUUAACAUUAGAAAUGUAAUUUUAAUGUAUUUAGUUAUUAUAUCAAUUUUAAUUAUAAUACAGUCUUCCUUUAAAAAUAUGAUAAUAUUGAAAUUUAUUUAAUACAAUAAUUAAUUUUGUAUAUUGAAAUUCAUUAUGAUGAGGCUGAUUAUGAAUUUAAAUGGCAUUGAAAUUGUCUGUCCUUCGAUUGAAUCCCGCUUGCAUCGCAGAACCAUUUGUGUUUCGGCAUUUUUAAUUAUUUACAAGUUUAUCAUCCUAUUUUUUUUUGCUUUGAUGAUGGUUUACGGUUCACUUUAAUUCAAGAACCUUCAUGAUCAAGUUCAAUUUUUAGCUCAAUUGAAAAUCAAUCGAAAUCCAAAAUGACAGUAAAAUAAUUAUAAAAACGAAAUACUAAGUAUUCUUUAUUGGCUUUGACUAAUGGGUUUACACCACUGAGUACCCAACCCAAAUGGCCUUACCAUAACUACAGGUGCUUAAAAACAUGUUAUUUAAUUAUAUGUGUUAUUGCACAAAUAUUUAUCAAUAUAUAGCGGCCAUUUUGCAUUAAUAUUUUUUAAAUAAUAAAACAAUUAUCAUGUUUAGUUUUAAGUUUAUUAGAUGAACUUUAGGAUCUAUUUAUUUUACGUAUUGAUUGUAUCAUAAAUUAGUUUUAUUAUGGACAUUGCAUUGGACACUGAUGGAAAAAUACUAAAAUUUGUGUUUAAAAAAAUUUGGUAUUUUUUAUAGAGGUUGUAUUUUAUAAAUAAAUAUUAAGGAAUAUAUACUGUAAAUAAAACAUCAUUCACAUUUGGUAAUAAUCUAAUAAGUGUUUUUCAAAUCGUGUACUAAAUAAUAUUAGAAGUUUUGAUAUGUUAUAGGGGUUUAUGAGUCAUAAAUUUUAUAUUUUUUUCAGUGCCCAAUGCAAUUCGUCAUUGCGUACAUAAAUGCGGGUUUAAUCUUUUUUUUAACUAAAUUAUAUUCCACUCCACAAUAUGUAAAUAAAGCCAUCAUUUACCAUACUACAUGUAAGUAAUGUAAUCAGUAUUAAUACAUUAUCUUUAUUUAUAACAUUUAUUUAUUGUUUUUGGUCAACUUAUUAAGUAAUUACUACCUAUUUAUGAAUGCGUAGUUUCCAUAGUCGGACGCAGUCAACCAAUCAUAUCGCGGCAUUCAUCACAUCAUGUCACACCGUAAUUGGUUGACUGCGUCCGUCUGCGAAAAAUAAUCGCGAGUUGGUACCCUACCAAUUAAAACCUCGCAUUUAUGCACAUCUAAGCAGUUUACUCAAUGAGUUAACCAAAAAAUUUCAACUACGGGAUCUUUUAAUGAUUUAAGGUAGUUUAAGUUAGGGAAACACAACAGACUGUUAUGUAAGUAUUGUAGUUGUCCAUUUGUUAAUCCAUACAGCCAUUAGCUGAUCAUGUACUUCGAAUCUCGAAAAUUUUAAGCAAUUUUUAAACUCUUGGGUUGGAUCUUUGAUUGUUUACUGGCCAGUUUUUCAACUCAAUAAAAAUAAUAUUUUACUUCUAGUAGAACUAGUAAAUUUAUAAUAACAUACACAUUGUUCGAUGCACAAGAUUUGUAUUAAAAUUUAACCAAGAUUUAAAUUGCAUACGGACAUAAAUAAAUCAUAAUAAAAAAAUUAUAAUGUUAUGCAUCUAGUUUAUUUGCGACACCGAAAUAAGACGCAAUAUGAUAAAGAAAAACAGAAGAGAAGUUAGCGUUGCUACAUACAUGAGUGAGAUAGAACUAUUCAAAAUGCGUAUGGGAAGGCCCUAAUUAUCAAACCCCCUAUUAUAUUAGUUUUUUAUCCAAUUAAUGUAACAAUAUGUGAAUAAAACUGAUAAAAUAAAAAAUAUAUUUUCAUGUUAACCAUUAAUGUCAUCUGCAUCCCCGAUAUUUCUUGCCAACAGAAUAUUAAUUACCUCUCAUCUUAUCUUCUCAGUAACAUUCUGUAUUGUUGAUAUUGUACACGUGUACAAUAGUCGAUAAAGUAAUUUGACAGUAGUUAAGUAAGCCUAAGCACUUGUUAUUGUUAAGUAUCUUAAAUUUAACAAACAAUAAAUGAAAUAUUUUUGUACAUGAAUA